AUGUCAGAUGUCAUUGGAAAAAAUGUUCACCUCGAAGCCAAUAAGCUACCAAAGAGUUUUGAGAGGGAGCCCUUUAUGGGCAACCAUCCCAGUCUAUUUUUGGAUGAAGUCUGGAAAACAGAAGAUUUCCAAGAAAAAUGUGGCCACAUCCGGGCGGUCGUGGACUUGGCCGCUAUAAGUGAAUAUCGGCUAAAGUACAUGAAGGAUCAAAAAAUCUAUGGUUGGAGAGAAUCCUGGAUCGAACACGAGAGCGGAAAGCUAAUUUUCAAAUGUGAGAGCACAAAAGAGUAUCCGGAAGAGGCAGCAAAAGAAGAAGUCCAUUCAAAUCGCUUCGGGAAAGCCGGAGAGUUGCUGGGUGGAAUUGAUGAGAAUAGCAAUAAGAAAUAUGCUACGGAAGAUGAAAUUCAUCGUUCUGAUUUUUAUGUAAUCAAAAUGAAGAUGGAUGGCUUAUUGGAAGAACCAUUGGAAAUCCUAUUGAUCGCUCAGGGUGAUGGCUUCCGGUUGGAAGACGGUGUACCAUAUUUGGUGGAGAGGAAAACUUAUUCGAUGGAGCUGAAGAAUUUCUGGGAUCACCCAGAAAUCCGGAACAAGUUGGCGUCGUAUCAUUGGCCAUUUAUGAAGCUGCUCAUAUUUUGGCACCAAUGGGGCGUCAUUGAGUGGGUAGAUGAUAAGUUCUUCGAAGAUGAGAUACUUAAUUAUGAAGAAAUUUGGAAAGAGUCCGAUCGGAUCUAUAUCGAUCGAAUCGUAAGAGAACUGAAGAGGAGGGGCAUGAUUAAAGGGCUUCAG